CCCCAUCCGACACUUUCGUAUCUUUUGCAAAAGGGCGUCGCGAAGGAUUGAGAAAAAAGUCAUUCACGUCGCGAAAGAAAAUACGCGUUUCUUUUCUGUGUCAUCCUUUCUUUUACCUGAUUUUUAAAUCUCUAUCGUCAAUACUACACCAGUAACAAGUAAAAUACUUUGCUGUAUUAUACCUCACUGGUUAAUAUCCCACGGCGCUAAUCCAACAUCAAGACGAGCAAGGGAAAAAAAGGAGUUCGUAAGACGACAGAAAGUUGUAUUAGUAGCGCUCUUGAUUUUCCCGACCUGGAGACGUUUGACAAGCGACCGAUUACGUGUAUCCGAUAAUAGAGUUCUCUCUAUCCCGUAAAGACUGAAAUCAUGUCUGACGCCGAAGGGUUCGAGGUUGUCCAGCACGAUGAGUCGGUUCUAUCGGGCGAGGAGACUGCCGGUACCGCUGGUACUGGGGCUACUGAAUCGCCCAAAUCUUCGGUUAAGUCAAGCAAUGGAUCUAAAACCGAAGACAAUGCCGUGAAGCGGCCAGCUGCUGGUACUUCUGGUGUCCGUCGUCCGGGAACAGCAGCCAGUACCGCUCCGAAGACUGCUACAACUUCAACGGCUCGUGCUAGUGGCGGUUUGACCAAGCCCCCAACUCGCCCACCUGUUGGGACCGCCGUCAAGAAGCCGUCAGUAAGCACUACUACGACCCAUAGGCCCCAGCCGUCCGUCUCAGAAGACGAGAGAAAGAGGUCCACUAUGACCUCUGCGGCAGCGCGUCGAACCUCGACGGCACCAAGUGUGACAUCGUCUCCCGGAAAAUCCAGCGUUAGAUCGGGCAUUUCCACCACUACCGCGGCAAGGAAACCCUCCUCGGCCACUAACAGCAUAACCUCAAGAACUAGCACCCUUGCAAAGCCCACGCCGUCUGCGGCUGGUACAGGAAGCUCUCUGUCGGCACGGACAUCGACAGUCACUCGACCAGGAGCUCCCGGUGCCGUAGCCGAUGCAAGGAAGCGGCUGUCUAGCGUCACAGGUUCUUCGAUUUCUUCUACUGGAGUUGCGAGACACGCACCUCGCCCAUCUAUCGCGUCGCCGACUUCUGCGGCAGCAGCAAGGGAUAUCGAAGACUUGAAAGCGAAGCUUGCCGAGAAAGAGUCAGAGGUAGAGUCUUUGAAGGAACAAGUUGUUUCUUCUCAGGCUAAAGUCACCGAGCUUGAAGAAAAAAUCAAGACCGAGGUAAAUGGCGUCCAGGGCGCCGAAGAUGCCGUCCGCCAGGGACACGAAGAACUCUUGGAAACCUUGAAGUCAACUCAUGCUUCUGAGAAGGAGACUUUAAGCAGUCAGAUCUCGGAGGCUGUUGACAAGCUAAAGGCUGCCGAGGAGCAGCUUGAAGCCCACAGGACGAAGCUAGCUGAAUUGGCUAGCUCCCAGGAAGUCAAAGACACCGAGAUCAACGGCCUACAGAGCAAGCUUGAGUCCCUCCAGCUUGAGAAAGAUACCGGUGCCAAGGCGGCCGAGGAGCACGCUGCUGAAUUAGAAGGUCUUCGGAAAUCGUUAGAUGAGCAACAUCAAGCUUUCGUUGAAGCUCUGAAAACUUCGCAUGCAGACGAACUAGACCAAAGCAAAGCCUCAUCUGGCGAGCACGAGAAAGCACUUGAAGAACUGAAGGCCGCUAAUGAAGCGCUGCAGAAGAAGAUUGAUGAAUUUACCUCUUCCACCGACAGCGUAGGUGCCGAGAGUGCUUCCAAGAUUUCCGCGCUUGAGAAUGAACUCGCAGAUCUGAAGUCUGCUGCUGAGCAAGACAAGGCUGCAUUGGCUGCUUCGCAGGCAGAACUACAAGAAGUUAAAGCGAAGCUUGAGGAGUCCCUCGCUGCCGUAGAUGCUACAAGGGAAGAGCUAACGAAGGUCAAGGAAGAGUUUGCUAGCUUACAGGAGGAGUUAGGCCAGGCAAAAGCGGAUGCAUCAUUCAGCGCUGAUCUCACUACUCAGAUCAAGGAGGCCGAGGAAAAGUACGAGAAGUUAAAGCAUGAGCAUAAACUCUCGGAUGAGACACACGAAGCCCAACUGAAACAGGUAUCCCAGGACUACGAGACAGAGAUUGAGAGCCUCAAGGGUGAUGCUUUCUUCAAACGCAAGUUUCACGUCCUCGAGGAAGAACAUAACGAAUUAAAGACCAAAUUUGACGAGCUAACCGGUACACAUUCAACGACUGUCCAGAGCCACACGGAUGAGUUGGAGGCUGCAAAGGCUGAAUAUGCGGCUGCUGUUGCAGCCCUUUCCGCCAAGGAAGAGGAGCAUCAAAAAGCACUUGACGCAUUACAAGCUAGCCAUGCAAUGGAUUUAGAAAGCGCCAAGAGCGGUGCUUCGGUUGACAAGGAAGCACAACUAGCCGAACUAGAGUCUCUCAAGGCCAGCCAUGCGAAACAAAUCGAGAUCUCCAAGGCUGAGAGUGAAGCUGCUCUCGCAAGAGAGCUAGAGGCUCUCAAGGCUGCCCAUCUUGAAGUUCUCAAUGCUCAGAAGCAAGACUUGGACAUGGUGAUUGCCGAGUUGAAGGCUGCUCACGCCCAGGAGCUUUCUACUAAGGAUGCUGAUAGUAGCGCGCAUGUGGCGCAACUGGAAGCUUUGAAGACAGCUGUCGAGGAGGCGCAGGCUGAAUUGGAGAAAGCCAAGGCCAGCCAUGCACAAGAGCUUGCUGAGAAGGAGGCUGACAGUAGCGCCCAUAGUGCCCAGUUGGAAGUAUUGAAGGCGGCCCUAGAAGACGCGCACGCGGAACUCGACAAAGCUAAGGCUAGCCAUGCUCAGGAGCUGGCUGCCAAGGAUGCCGAUGGAAGUGCCUAUGUGACUCAAUUAGAAGCCCUCAAGACGGCAGUCGAAGAUUCGCAGGCCGAACUCGAGAAAGCUCAUGCUGGUCACGCCGCUGCUCUCGAGGCUCUCAAGAAGGAAACCGAGGAUGCCCACUCUGCCGAGAUUGAGAAGCUGAUAACGAUGCAAUCCGAAGCUGUAGAAGCCGCGAAGAACAACGCAUCGAGCUCUCACAGGGAAGCCAUCGAAGCCCUUGAAGCGAAGCAUGCCCAGCUGAUCGAGGAGUUGAAGCAAGACCACGAGAGUAAGCUCUCUGCAGCCACUUCUGAUGUGGCUAAGCAUAUAGAUGCCGUUACCGAGCACGAGGCAGCAUUAAUCGCAGCGAAGGAGGCAUUGGCUAAGGCCCAAGAGCAAUCCACAACUCUGGAAGCAGAAUUAGCUGAAAUCAAGACCAAGAACAUUGAACUAGCUAAGAUCCAGGAAGAGUACGAGUACUUGCACCAACAGCUUGCAGAGGCCAAGAUGAACAACGUGGAACUCAUGGCUGAGCUUGACGCUUUAAAGAACCAGAGGCCGGAUACCUCUAUUGCGGACGCGUUGAGGGCGGAGCUCCAGGAACUCAAACAGUCUCACGCUCAAGAAUUGGCUGCUGUCAAGGAGGUAUCCACAAAAUCCGCGGGUGAUUUCGAGCUUCUACAGAAGGAUUACGAUGCAACAAAGUCAGAGUUUGAAUCCCUGAAGGAGCAGUUAGAGGCAGCCAAGCAGGACGCUCUCAUUGCGCAGAAGGAUCUAGAGGCGCAUAAGAAGGACGCCGAGGCCAAGCUAAAGAACCAGGAAGCCGACUACAAGGAUAUGUACGAGAAUCUGUCUACUAUAGCGGAGGAAGAGCAGAAGAAGAGGGCAGCAUUCGAGAAGGAAGCAUCCGAUAUCAAGUCGAGAUUUGCAGAGAUGGAGGCUCAACUGAAGGUCAAGGACGCGGAAAUUGCCGAGGCACUGGUAUGAUGCCCGAUUAAACUCUAUUAGUAGUAAUCUAUAAUACAUUAUGCUGACCUGAA